CCCCCGGCGUGCGUGCACAGAAUUUCGAGGAAACGUUUCGGUUCCUGCGCUCGUGAUCCCCACGAUCACGAUCCACGAUUCUCGCUAGAACAAUUUCGUCUAUAAUCGUCGGUUUUACGCAGCGACCCGUGCGACUCCGCGUCGAUGCAGUGGACGUUCAGUGGAAGUACGGGACCGCACUGUUAGGGGUAGCCAGCUUGUCCGACUGUUCGACCAACACUUUGGCAUGGAACUGCAGGAAAUGUUUCGUUACGGUUACAUGUUCCCGCCGAGAGAAGACGAGCCGGUAUCGUGCAUGUACCUGGACCUGCCGAGUUACGCGUACUCGAAGAAGACCGACGUCGCCCCGGUGAACGGUAUCACGGUGCCCCAGUGCAUCGUCUAUGACAGCAACUGCAGCGACGGUUGGCACACGCCUAGCCCGACCGCGAGCCUUAGAUCCGUCAGCCCCGCGAACAGUUUGUCCGUGUCGUCCGAAUCGGAUGGCGUGACCGGCGGCGGACCGGUCACUUACCGCCUCCUGGGCUCGAUGGAGCUUUUCAACGACAGGUACGCGGGCAAACGGAGCCUGUCGACGAUCGGUACCGAACCUAACCGCGAUCCUAUGAACGCGAUAGAUCUGACGGAGGAGGUGAACAGCAUGGACGCGGAUACCGAUGGAACGGUGGACGUCGAACCGGACGCGAACCGCGGGGAGAAACAGUCGCGUCGCGACAGUAUCAUCAGCAACGCCAGCAGCUUCUCCGACAGAAUCGCGGACGGGGAUAGCGAGGACGACGCGGAGAUGAGCGACACCGACGGUGCCGAUCAGACGCGUUCGCGGAACGACGGGAUCGAGGAGAGUCGCGACUCCGUCAGGAGACGGGGGAAAUACGUCAGCUCGAUGAUCGUGAGGAAACGCAGACUGGCGGCGAACGCCAGGGAACGAAGAAGGAUGCAGAAUUUGAACAAAGCUUUCGAUAGAUUGAGAACUUAUCUGCCCUCGUUGGGGAACGACCGGCAAUUGUCCAAGUACGAGACGCUACAGAUGGCGCAGUCUUAUAUCACGGCACUCUACGAUUUGUUGCAAUAAAUUAUGCUUACUUACUGGGGGGAGUCAGAGAAAAUCGAGAUACUGAAAUACCGGUACGAAGCCGUAUCGAUAUACGGUACAUAUAUCUCUUUCCUCUGUAUUUAUCGAUCGUAUUCACGAUUCAAGAUUUUCAAGAUUUCCUUUUCACGGAUAAUUUCUUAUGGAAAUUACGUUACCGACGGAUAUCGAAAUUCCUGUAAUACUCGAAAGUGAAGUAAUUACUAGACCCGCGGAUGCUUAUGCAUUUAUGGGGAAUUUUAAUUCUGAAAAGAAAAAACUGUACAAUGCAGAAAUAUAAGAAACACUUGAAGAUAGAAAUGGUUAUGUUUAGGGGUUGAGACGACCUUCUGCUAAGCUUCUAUUUCAUUAAUUCUAUUAAUAAAAAUAUGAAUUUAUAUAAAGAUCCACGAUCUAGUAAUUACUCACUGAUCCGGUAUUCUAUCGAUGGAAAAAUUGUAUUCGAAAAUGUUUCCGCGUCUAGUUUAGCGAAAUUAACCAUUUUGCAGAUGAUAUUUGCCUUGUGACUGACCGAAAAGUGAAGUUUUACAGAGACGUGACCAAUUAAUACUCGUAGUGUUGAAUAAGUAUUUUAUCUUUAUUACGAUAGCUUGAAAAAGUAUAUAUUUCGAUAAACUUCAUUUCCAAAAGAAUAAAUCGAAUUUGUAACAGUGAAUUUGAUUUGAUA